UCGCGGAUCUCCUAGAUUGCGCACGUGAUGUGACAGGAUCGUCAGAUCGCGCUUCCUUCGGUGCGGCGCGUUUACAUGUUUCCGUGAACCGUUAUUACGAAUUAUGAUACGUAAAUGAUAAUAACGUUGAAGGAGAGGAAGAUAGGAAUAUCCUCUGGUACAUCGGAUAUAAGAGCCGACUGCUCCAUUCGUGAGAUAUUAAUCUCUCGAUUGAUAAAUUAAAAUUCAUUCGAGAGAUUAAAACGUAUAUAUUCGUAUAUAGAUAUCGAUGGCUUUAUAAACGCACACCCUACCCACUUCGUUGCUAAUUACAUCGUAGGUGUUAUCGGGGAAAAUCAAUUUCCAUUUUACGGUGUACACGCGUUUUUGCGACGCUACAGUGCAAAACAAUAUGACGACAAGCAUCGUACGUUGUCCAUCACGAAUGCAUGUCAUCGCAUAACAAUGAGUGUGGCUGUGAAUUUUUGCGUGUACGAAGGUGGAGGUGUUUGUGAUCUCCCUUAUGUUUCGCAAAGGAUAUAGCAAUUCAGUGAAUAAUACUUUCAACAAUGGAUUAUGAUUAUAUGCCCUUUCACAGGGAGAAAGAUUUUCAUAAUAAAUGUUGCGGUGGAAAACUUUGGUGUAUUAAGGACAUAUGUGGCAUCAUAUGUGCGAUAUUAACAUGGCUAUUGAUAAUUUAUGCAGAAUUUGUUGUAAUGGCAGUGAUUCUUAUUCCUACAAUAAAUACAGUAUAUUCCAGCCUAAAUAUGGCCAUUUUUCAAUCUCUAGCAUUCUUGGCUUUUGCAUCACAUUUAAGAACCAUGUUCACAGAUCCGGGUGCAGUACCAAAAGGUAAUGCAACAAAAGAGAUGAUACAACAAAUGGGAUUUAGAGAUGGACAAGUUAUUUUUAAGUGUCCAAAAUGUUGUUCUAUCAAGCCUGACAGAGCACAUCAUUGCUCCGUUUGCCAAAGGUGUAUUAGAAAAAUGGAUCAUCAUUGUCCAUGGGUUAAUAAUUGUGUGGGAGAAAAUAAUCAAAAAUACUUUGUACUUUUUACUUUUUAUAUAGCGGGCAUAUCCCUACAAUCUCUAUUUUUGUGUAUACAACAAUUCACCACAUGUGUCAGACAAGAAUGGAGGGAAUGCUCCACAUUUAAUCCACCGGCGACGGUAGUAUUAUUGUUAUUUUUGGCAUUCGAGGCACUUUUAUUCGCCAUUUUUACUGCUGUGAUGUUAGGCACGCAAUUACAAGCUAUUUGGAAUGAUGAAACUGGUAUAGAACAACUUAAAAAAGAGGAAGCUAGAUGGGUUCGUAAUAGCAGAUGGAAAUCAAUUCAGGCAGUUUUUGGAAGAUUUUCGAUAGCUUGGUUUUCCCCUUUUACCUCACCUCCUAAUGCAAAGACAAAACUAGAUUCGUAUCUAUAUUCUGUCUAAAUUAUAUAUUUUGAUAUGUAUAACCAUGACUUACAUAGAGGAAUAUUUAGUGUAUAUAAAUACUAAUUAAUUAUUAACGUUUAUGUGUGACAUACAGAUUAAUUCUGGAAACUGGAGUAACCUUUUUUAAGAAAAAGAUAUCAGAAAAAUUUUGCACACGCAAGUAUAUAAUUGAAUAAACUCUAGCUCUUUAUGACAUUUUUUCAGCAAAUAUAUUGAUACAUCUGUAAACAAUAAUUGCACUUUUUAUCUAUUUUUUAAAGUUUAAUUUAUAUUUUUUUAACUUUAAUCAUAUAAUAUUUAUGUAAAAAUUGUUUUUUCUCAAAGUUUGUUAAAUCGUGCAAAAUUUUUCCACUCUAGGAUUAUUCUGUAUAUAUAUAUAUAUGUAAGGAUGGAUUGAUAUUGUGUUCAGUUCAAAAUGCUAAGAAUUUUCUACUAUUUCACGUAAUUGAAUUUCAUAUUAUUUCUCAAACUUUUGCUUAUCACUCGUAAAGAAGAUAUUGUGAUAGUAAAAGUAUUAAAAAUUAACAAAGUGAGAAAUUUAAUGCGGCUUAAGGCUUCUCGUCUCCCAUUAACGUCAUAUUGAUUUAUAUUAGAAAUGAAAAAUUCACGCAAAUCUCUCUUCUGUAAAAUAAAAUUUAUAUUCUUAUUUGUAUUCUUGCUUUAUAUAUGCUUGUUAUUUUAUAUUCAAUAAUUUAAAUUGGGAAAUUCCUUUAUACUUUUUGAUUUAUGGAAUAAUGAAUUUUUGGUGUAUUUUAUCAAUGUUCUACCGGAUAUGUGGUGGAGCAAGAAAAUUUAUUUUAAUAUAUAUAUUGCAAGAAAGAAAUUUACAUAAUUUCUCGCUUUUGACAUUAUGUUUUAAUGACUAAUGCAGAAACGGGAGCCUUAAUUAUAUUAUAUUAUAAUCAAUUAUUUAUAUUUGUUUUUUUUAUAA